AAUGGCGAACAUACAAUCACAGUCUGUGCAACUCGCAAACCCAUUCCCGCUUUCUUCUUCCAAACCUCAUCUUCACAAGCCCUUCCUUCUCUUCACCACCCGAGCCACCGAUUCGGACCCAUCGCAACCCGAAUCCGAACCACCUGCCACCACCGACGACUUCGACAACCGCAUGAGCGAAUUCCGCCUCCGUUACCGGAGCGGCACAGGAAAGAAGGCGGAGGUCCGAAAGAGCCGAAAGUCCAAGAAGGGGGCUUCCGGGUCGGGUUCGGGUUCGGGUUCCGGCGUUUACCUUCCGCCGGUUCCUCUGAAAGAACCGGUAUCUGGCGGGUUGAAGGUGGAAUUAGGGUUCAGCCAAUACAGUGAGCGGUUGAACGGGCGCAUUGCGAUUCUUGGAGUGACGGCGCUGUUGCUGGUGGAGCUUGCAACGGGGAAAGGCGUUAUCAACUUUGCUCUUCACAGGGCCGGUGGCCUUGUCAUUGCUUCACCAACAACUAUUGACCCUGCAACGCUCGCCAUGAUUGAAGAAACAAGAAGGGAAAUCCAGUAUCUUCGUCAAGUUGUUCAUCAGAACCACCACCCAGCCUUGUAG